AUGAUUCCAACGACUGUGAACCCGUCGGGAACCUAUCUCUUUCAUCCGCAUGGCGACGAUGAUUAUGAGAUAUUCGUUAUUAAGCCCGGUGAGGAGAGCAGUGCUAGUUUGGUAGACAGGUUUCCCGUCAUCCGCACCAACAUCGGUUUCGUUAGUAGCAAGAUAGAGGUGUAUUCCAACGUAGAGGGCAAAGUGAUCAGCUCGACUAAAAGGGGAAAGCGCUUCACUGGCAAAUCCUCAGUUGAAAUCACUGUUCAGGGACUUACAAGUUCUCUUGACAGAGAGAGCAGAUGGGGCACAGCUAACCGUUUAUUUGUCCUCUACAAUGGCACUUGCUGUCGCGCUAUCACAGAAGGGAAGAACGUAAGCAUUGUCAGCAUGGCCACGGGCAGAGUGUUGGCUGCGUAUCGUAACAGCAGCAGGUCUUCAAAGAAAGACGGUAUACUGACAAUGCACGCGCUCGGUGUUGACAACAAAUCCUGCAAUCUGAUUAUCACAGUCGUCCUGCUGAUGGUUAAGUUCAUCCGCGAUGCCGGGGACUAUGAAGAGGAUUAUAGGAGCGAUUAA